CAGUGCUGCCUCAAACCCAUCUAGCUCAAGAAAUUCCAUAAACAAGCAUGGCUUUUAGGUCGUCACUUUUGCUUGGUGUCGUCCUGACCUCUCUCCUGCUCAUCUCCAACGAUGUCUCUGCUGCUGCUGCUAGAGAUCAGCUCACUGAACCAAAUGAAUCCGACGGGAAGAAGAAUGUGAAACCUGCCGGUGGGGCUGAACUCAGUGACGAGAAGUGGGGACAUGGGCAUGGAUACUACGGUGGUGGUGGAUAUGGAGGGGGAUAUGGUGGUGGCGGGUAUUGGGGUGGAUACGGUGGUGGCUAUGGUGGCUACGUACCAGGACAUGGCUGGUAUGGUGGCGGAUAUGGUCAUUACCCUGGCCAUGGUGGUGGAUACGUUAACGGAAACGGAUAUGGUGGCGGUGGUGGAUACAGAGGAUACGGCGGUGGUGGAUACUAUGAAGGAUGGCACUAAAUCAUAAAAUUACAUAACAGUUAUAUGUGUAAAAUAAGAUAUGUGUUGUGUGUCUUAGCCUAAAACUGUCUUAUUUGUUAGUGUGAAGCAUUUAUCUCGUGGUUGAGAAAUUAGAGAAGAUAGCACCAUGUGUAUGUCAAGAAUAAUUGGCUUUUAUAUGUUGUGCCAAAUGUAUCUUUUCUUUUUCUUUGCGUGAAAUUAAAUAAACAAAGUGGGAAGACUAUAUUUUUCUGCUCUU